AUGCUCAACAUCAUGUCCUGCUUUGGUUUUGGAAUUGCUGGAGCAAUGACUAUCGGCACGAAGACCGAGCAGGGAAUGUAUACCAAGACCUUCAGGUUCAGUCAGGAUGAACAACUUGAACAACUCAAUGAUGAAACGGAACAAAACUGCCGAGAGACUGGACUACUGUGUUGCAUUUUUGGAGACCCUUGGCUGAACAUCUUAAUGGGUAUUUCAGUACAAGUCGUGGGGAUUUCAGCCAAACACCACUUGCAACUCAUGCGUUGGGAGCCAGUCCCAGACUGGACUCACUUGGCAGGUGGGAACAUCAGCCUGGGCACAAGCCUUUUGAGAGCUACCAGCUCCCCAAGUGGGUGA